AUGAGCACGAUCCUUAACCAACCUCUUGAAUUGUCCAAUGGUGCAGUGAUGCCCAACAGACUGGCCAAAGCUCCCUUGGAAGAAUGUCUUGCAAACUUUGGCGGCGGUCCUCCGAACAAUCUUCAUUUCAAUCUCUAUGACGCGUGGGCAAAGGGCCAAUGGGGAAUGAUUAUUACCGGCAAUGUGGGCAUCGACAGACGCUUCCUUGGUAUCAUGUUUGAUGUAGUAAUUCCCGAUCCGGCUGAUGUGACGAAGCGUGCUGAGUAUAUGCCUGCCUUCAAGAAAUGGGCCCGUAUCUGCAAAGGAAUUGACCCAAACGAUGCUCGGCACGACGACCCGGUGGCAUCGCGUGGAGAUCGCGCACUGGUGGUUGCGCAGCUCGUGCAUACGGGAAGGCAGUCGAUUCGCUGUGCAGGUCGUGCUCCAUGGAAGCCGCCGAUGGCGCCUUCCGCCGUACCGAUCAAGACCAGCGAGGAAUCUUCGUUCGCAGACAAGCUCUUGUUCGGCACGCCGAAGGAGCUCACAGUUGCAGAAAUUACCGACAUUAUCCACCGUUUUAUUGAGGGUGCUGUCUACUGCUACGAGGCCGGUUUUGAUGGCAUUGAGCUGCACGCCGCGCAUGGGUACCUCCUGUCGAGCUUCCUGAGCCCAUCCGUGAACCUACGCACGGAUCAGUACGGCGGCGAUGCAGAUAGGCGCUUCCGCAUCAUUAAGGAGAUUAUCCAAGGGAUUCGUGCCAAAGUCCCUCCUUCAUUUGUCGUUGGCAUCAAGCUGAAUUCGGGCGAUUUCGUGCGCGGUGGCCUGAGCGAAGAAGACGCGCUUUUGCAUGUGAAAAUGCUCGACCAGACCAAAGCGGUCGACUUUGUAGAGAUCAGCGGGGGUACUUAUGAAAAGCCUGUGUUCCUGGACCCUAAAUUCAUGGCGGAAAGCACCAAGCUGCGCGAGGGAUUGUUUACUGCGUUUGCGCAGCGAUGCCACACGAUACUUCCUCAAGAAUCCAAGCUUCGUUUAAUAGUCACGGGCGGAUUUUCUACCCGUCGCGGGAUGGAGGAAGCAGUAAAGAAGGGUGAUGCGGACGGCGUUGGCAUUGCACGCCCUGCUACGCUCGAACCGGCACUGCCCAAGAAAUUGUUGGACAAUGCUAUUCCCGACGCGCAAGCCGUGCAAUGGGAGCCUUCUUCUCCACCCUUCUUCUUCCCUCGCCUGCCGCUCACCGGCGCCGGCUGGAGUAUGUUGUGGUUCACCGCCCAGAUGCAAAGGAUAGCGCGCGGCGAGCAGCCCGAACCCAAUAUUUCGAUGCUCAGCUUCUUUUGGCACUUGCUUUUUUAA